AUGUCAUAUCUCACUUCCGACCUGGGACCUUCCAAAGGCUUUCACCCCAUAUCCAAAACCACAAUUCACCUCCCAGGACUUGAACGCGAAUCCUACGACGAAUGCACACUGCACCUGCACUUCGCGCUGCCGCCGCUGGUAUUCGUCGACACGCACGAGCUCGCGCAGCGUAGCGCGUCGUAUGAGUUCAGGCACUGGGGGAGCCGUGAUCUGGAGAAACCUGUGCAUGCCCUGCCUGAUGAGGGCGCCGAUUUGCUGCUCACUGUACCGCUGCCUUUUGUUGAUGGAGACACGGACGCGGGUCGUGAGGAUGGAGAGAACGGGUUAGAUGUGUACCUUGAGGUGCCUAUGCAUUUGCGCUAUGGAGUUCCGAAUUCUUCGUCUUCGUCAUCUGGAAAUGAGGGAACGCAUGGGCAUGAACGCAUACACGUCGACUGGCCACAGGGAUUCCUAAGUUGUCCGCGCUCAAUAUCGUCCUGGAAAGGGAACACGAAAAGCAAAGAAGGGAACGACGGAGCGCUCUCGCUUCCUUCACGAGUUGCGUCUGUGUUGCCUCCGGACAACAUGCUCGUCGCUAUCCCUCCGCACAGUGAUUUCUCAGAGACGGCCUCUGUUUUAUAUCUCCCUGUUGGGAAUACACAGGACCUCGCCUUCGUAGAACCUGUGACGGCACUGACAAUCCUCGCAUGUUGUUUCUGGCUGUUCCGAGUAGCGACAAAAACAGCCAGCCGUUUGAACGCCAAUCCAGCACCACGGCCUAAAGCUAAAGUCUCAUAG